AUAAAGGUUGCAAACUUGUUGUCCUUCAACACAUUAGUAUAAAAAGAGGCAAAAUAAUUUACAUAAUAGUAUUGUUUUAUGAUUUCAAGGCAUUUUUAUUAUUUGUAUACAGUGAGUUUGAUUAUUUGAACAUCGGGCAAAAUAAAUAUGCAAAGAAUUCUGAGGGUGUUCAGAAAUUCUGUGUUUAUAAGAGGCAUGUCGAAUAUGUCGGUGAAAUAUGAGGAGAAAUUGGCAUCGAUAAAUGGAUCGUGCAUCAAUUAUUUGAAAGCGGGGAAUGGAGAAAAUACAGUUUUCUGCCUUCCUGGUGCUCUAGGAACAAUCUGGUCUGAUUUCAAACCUCAGGUAGAAUUUCUCUGCAACCAUAUGACAGUUGUGGCUUGGGAUCCGCCAGGUUACGGUAAAAGCCGCCCACCGCCAAGAGAUUUCUCAGGGCACUUUUUCGAACGUGAUGCUGAUGCUGGUGCUUGCCUAAUGGAACACCUUGGUAUUAAGAAAUUCUCGAUAUUGGGAUGGUCGGACGGAGGCAUAACUGGGCUAAUCAUCGCGGGAAAGUAUGCUGAAAGGGUAGAUAAAACAAUAGUAUGGGGGGCAAAUGCUUAUGUUACUGAUGCAGACAUAAAUCUAUAUGAAGGAAUUCGUGAUACGAGCAAAUGGUCAGAGAAAAUGCGUGCGCCUCUUGAAGCAGCUUACGGUAAAGAGAAUCUUUCAAAAAUGAUGUCAGAUUGGGUAGAAGCAAUGAUACGCUAUAGGAACUCAGAAGGUGGAGACAUUUGUAAAACGCACUUGCCAAUGAUUACAUCAAAAACAUUGAUCGUACAUGGUGAUAAAGACCCCCUUGUUCCUUCCGAGCACCCUAAAUAUUUAAUGGAAACUAUAUCCAAAGCUGCAUACCACAAUUUCCCAGAUGGAAAGCACAAUCUUCACUUAAGAUACAGUCAAGAAUUCAAUACUCUUGUAAGAGAUUUUAUAUGUGAUAAUUGAUAAUUUUGUAAAUUAAUUAUUUUGGCUGUUUAUACUUGUAUUAAUAAUUUUAAGAGGAUAAAAUUAAAUAAAUCAAAUACGAGUA